AUGUCACCCCUGCAGGACUUUCACCAGGGGAGAAGAGGCAGGACCCACAGGGCCUUGAUCCUGGCCUACAGCCAAAUAGCUGUGCAUGCCCCCCAAACGCAGCUGCUCCCCCGCGUGGAGCGUGACAUCACCAGGAGGGUCCUGCAGCACUACGUGAGCAGCUGCCAGGUGCUUGGCAUCACCAUCCUCAAUAAGGACCUGGACUUAAAGCUGACCCUCAUCCGGUCAGUCACUGAGAUCAGCCGUGCCAUCCAGGACGCUGACGGCUCCCAGAGCUUCCAGUUCACGUACAAAGAGGAGCUGCUGGGGUACAUGCUGGACUUCAUAAAAGAGGAACCGAUGGAUUCCCUGGCCUCUCCUGUUCGCCUCACGGCCAUGCUUGCCAUUAAGCACCUGAGGUAGGCGAUUCGUGCCCUGGCUCUCGGCGCUGGGAUGCCCUGCUCAGAGAUGAGCUCCUUGCUUCACCCUGGGGUGCUCUUCCUGCCAGAUGUGGAGCUGAGAGACACAUGCAGGGCUCCGGUCACAGGCUGCCCUGCCUGCAGCGUGGUUCAGGGGGGUUGCAAUGUGUUUGGUCCGCUUGGGGAGUUGGAUGGAAAGACCUGGAGGUGGUGGUGGGACAUGUAGGAG